AUUGUGCAACAAAGCUAUCGUGUGAGGAAAGCGGAGUGGCUGGAAAAAUCUCACUCCAGCACAAGGAGAACUGGCAGACUGAACACAGAAAGGUGGAAGAGGAGCUCCGAACUCUGAACAACAGGACAGUGAGGCAAACGUGCUGAGCAGUGAACACUCCUCCAACUUGCUAGAAAAUGAGAAGUGAAAUAUGUGAAUGCCUCUUGAGUGUUUGGCGCGGCUCUUCGGUGACUGUGUGAGAUGAUGCCCCCACCUUGUGAAAGGACACAGCAAACCAUGUGCAGGAAGUGAACAGUUGGACAUGGUGGUUUGGGGGCGUGGCCAGGGGCGUGCAAAUGCAUCUUCCUGGAAUGCUCAGGAGUUGCCCUCUGCUCCCAGCCAGUUGAUAAGCUGCCUUGCACCAUCUGUCCAGGCUGUUACUCAGCGGCCGCGGAGGCAGACAGCGAGUCACACGAUUGGCUGCUAGGUGGUCCAGAUGAAGAAUGAGGCGUGGUCAAGCCGAUUGAUAAAGAGCAAGAGGUGGAGCCGAGCGAGCCCACAAGUGAGAGAAGAGGAAGACCUGCCAUGUUGCCGUGGCAACGCAGAGGACAUGACAUCAAAGGACAUGCAGUUUGACAAAAUGACAACAGAAUAUUCCCGGUGCUCCACUUCCAGCCCAGAGCCUCUUCCAAACGUUUAGCAUUCAUUUUGUUGUCAACCGGUUGGUCCGGAGACAUCACCAAGUUCUUGAGAAAACAUUUUGUGGUCAGAAUGUCCCAGUUGGGAAAAGUGCUGCACCUGUACAUCGAGGUACGCUCUGCGGCUGAGGAAGAAGGAAGAGUUCCUGGGAUGGGAGAUGAUGCAAGGGGUCACCUGAUCCUUCAGUGUCCAGAUGUUCUCCCUCCUUCUCAAAGGAGCUCGGCCCUUUCCAGCCUCGACCCAAGCCCAGAUCAUUCCCCACGCACCCGGCGCAGGGUGACGGGCAUACGGCACGGCUCGCCUCCCUCAAGCUCGUCCUCCAGACACUCGGUCAGCCCCCAACAGCCGGAUGCUGUGGAUUCCUCUGCUCACUUCCACCAGGAGGACACGUUUGAGGACUUACUUCAGGUCCUGACACGCACAAAUACCAGUCAAGGACAUUGGUGCUCAGUAGCACCGGACGUCAACCCCUAUGUAAGGCGGAAGCUCAGUGACCCUCCGCCACUCUUUGGCCGCACGACCACGCCUUCGACCACGCCUUCGACCGCGCCUUCGACCGCGCCUUCAACGCCGACUUUCCACCGCCAAGCCCGAGUAUCAGGCGCUCAGGAGAUGAAGACGUCUAUGGUGACCUUUGGCUAUAUUGAGAAAGCCAAUGUUCAUAUGUCAGGCGGCCGAAGGGACUCCAGGCGGGAUGAGAACUUUCUGUCCAGCCACCUCAGGAAGCGACUGAGUGACCCGUUGGGAGCUCGCAGUCAGCUCAGACAGACUCAACCCUGCCCCGUUCACCAUCGCCCUUCGAGCAAACCCGACUCUUCUUUCCCACACAGAGAUGUGGUCGCUCGAGACACCACCCACCAAGCCUUGGAGAAGUUUGGCUCCCCGGAAUUGAGGCGGCGCUUUGUAGGUGGCGGCAUUGACAGCUCCAACACAACGGUGCCGCGACCCCCGAGGUCGCCGACCUGCCGCUCGUGGGCGGGGUCCCCCAUCCUUCCCCACGGGACCCUCACUUUGCCGUCCGAUGCUCAGCUCAGAGACCUUGACUGGAGCGUUAGUCACAAUGGGUUGCCGGGAAUCCCAGCGUCUGAUCGUCUCUGCGCCCGCGCUGGGUUCUCAUCCCACACAGCAGCUCGAAUGUUUGGGGGUCAUUCUCGCCCCACUCUGCGGCUCCAGCAGUCAUCUUGGUCAGGGGACAAUUCCGGCAGAACUGGACGGGCCGCGGAUGGUCCAGGCGGCAGAGCGGGUCCCGUAAGCAGUGCCAGAAGCCCCUCCCCGUUUUCCCAUGCUGACGUUUUUGGGGGACGACACUCUCCCUCUCCAACGCCUUCCCAAACCGAGUCCUUGAGGUCACACAGUCCGAGUUUCGAAGAGUCGUUGCUUUCAAAUCCCCAGCUGCAUUCCAGUCUUUGUCAGGACCUCUCCUUGGAGCGAUUGCAGGAGAGCAAGGCCAACCCACAACGGACGUCAGACAAAUCCAAACUUCAUCUCCAUCUAGAAAACAUCUCAGCUGGAUUGGGCUCAGCUGUGACUUUGCACCCGCCCCAGGAGCGUCAUUCAAACACCAGUCAACCAGUUGGCCUUCCCUACCUGCUCCAUCACCACCAAGAACGGAGGCACGGCGAUGGCUCAUGCAGCCCCGAAGCCUCCACAAGACUCCCCUCCUGGCAAGCAGCUGCAGGCUCCUGGCAAGGGGCUGCGGCCUCCUGGCAAGCGGCCUCCUCCUCAACCUCCUCACAGCAGGGACUCGGAAGGACCAGACCGAACCAAUAUAAACUGCAAGUCUGUCAGGACAAGUCCAGAUGCUUCAAACUCAAAGAAGAGAGUUUCAGGAAGCGCUCAGAAGACAAGGAUUGCUGCACAGAGGUUGGCUCUUUGUCCGGGACUCAACAAGAAAAUCUGCAGGAUCUCAGCGAGGUUGCUCUGAGCUCCGGAGAGUUGACGGGAAUCUUGGGAGAAGGAAACGUGUCUCCAGAAAGCGGGUGCCGCUCCACCUGCGAUACGGGCUCCGGGAUCCAGUCAGGCGCAAGUUGGGCCGAGAGUUCGUCUUCAAGGUCACAGAAAAUCACCCAAGCCAAGUGGAACUUCCUGUUUGGAGCAGAGAGCUGGGAAGGCUGCAGCAAAGUGGGCACUCCUCGUCCUGCCCCUGCCAAGCCAGCCGGUCGCAGUCCCGUCCAGGGUCAAAGGUCUUCACCGUGUCAGUUGGAGGCGGAAUCGCUUGCCUCCGACCGCCGAGGCUUGUCCUCCGAGACGGCUGCGGUACUGCGCGGCGUCAAAUACUCGAAGACGGAUCUGGAUCACGUAUCACCGCGCUGCUACAAAGAAACCGACCUGGAUGAGGUGAUGCAGGUGGAGUUGGCUGAGGAGGAUCGGCCGAGGCGGUUGUACUGGAGUGAGGGGGGGACGACGGCAACCGAGGAGGACGACGAUGAGGGCACGGUGGAGAGGCGGAAGCCCGCCCCUUGCCGCGACGGCAUCUUCAGUAUGUUGCUGAAAGGGACAUCUGAGGCCAACGGCCCGGCGGUAGCGGCUGCCCGCCGGCCGUACGACGGCCACCUGGACUCUUUCAGCCGCCGUUUUGAAAGUAUCAUGGAGGGCCACCGAGCCAAAGGAACCUCCUACAGCAGCCUGGACAGCGUCGACCUUCUCACCUCGGGAUCCACGUCCGUCUUUGCCUUUGACCUGCCCACGCUCACCCCAGAAAUCCAGAGUCGGAUCUGCGAGAGUGCCAAGAACAUCAUCCAGCUGAGUCUCGCCCCUUUGCCGGCACCGGGCGUUGCCUCCUCGCGAGGAGGCUCCGAAGACGCUCCGACCUGGAUCGAAGAGGCGCAAGAGCCGGGGCGGCGCUCCAUUCUCAAAGCCAGCUUCCGCCAAGCCAGCUCGGCACCGGCGCCUCACUGCGCUGCUGGGGAGCCUGCAGCGACGGAGCGCUCGGCGUGUUGCCCCCGCAGCCACGACAGGGACUCGCUGGGUGACAGUGCCGAGGCAGACCCGCAGGCUGCCAAAUGCCUGGCCCGGCGCCUCCAUCAGCUGCGAGGCUUCCGCAAGUCUGACGUGUCCUCGCACCUCAGCAAGAAUAACGAGUUCAGUCGGAUGGUAGCAGAAGAAUAUCUCAGCAACUUUGACUUCCAGGGCCUCACCAUCGAGCAAGCCCUCAGAACCUUCCUGGGCAAGUUGACCCUGACUGGAGAAAGUCAGGAGCGAGAGCGUGUCCUGGCUCACUUUUCCAGAAGAUACGUCACCUGUAACGCACGCAGCCACGCCUCCCAAGACGGCGUCCACAUGCUGACUUGUGCACUGAUCCUGUUGAAUGUGGAUCUCCACGGAAACAAUGUCGGCAAGAGGAUGUCCUGCGCUCAGUUCAUCUCCAACCUGCAAGGUCUGAACGAUGGAAAAGACUUUCCCAGAGAUAUGCUGAAGUCGUUGUACGCGUCCAUCAAGAACGACAAACUCCAGUGGACCAUCGACGACGAUGAGCUGCAAACGUCCACGUGGGACUUGGCCGACGGUCGGACGGACUCUGCCUCCCGCACCCUGAAGCGAGCAGGGAGGGGCGUGGCCCGGCGGCCCGACAGCCGGCUCUACAAGUGCGGCUUCCUGGUGCGCAAAGUCCACGCAGACGCGGACGGGAAGAGAACGGCGCGGGGCAAGCGAGGCUGGAAGUCCUUUUACGCCACGCUGAAGGGUGGCGUGCUGUACCUCCAGAAGGAGGAGUAUGGCGGCGAGCGCCGGCUGACGGAGGACGAUGCCAAGAACUGUGUUUCGGUGCAUCACGCGCUGGCCAUGAGAGCCGCCGACUACGCAAAGCGGCCCAACGUCUUCUACCUGCGCACCGCUGACUGGAGGGUCUUCCUCAUGCAAGCGCCGUCGUGCGAGGACAUGCGCUCGUGGAUCACCCGCAUCAACGUGGUGGCAGCCAUGUUUUCGGCUCCGCCCUUCCCGCCUGCCGUCGGCUCGCAAAAGCGCUUUGCUCGCCCCCUGCUGCCCGGAUCCACCACCACGCUGUCACAGGAAGAGCAGGCGGCGUCUCACGAAGCUCGCUACCGGGCGGCGUCCUCUGAGCUGGACGAGCUGGCUGGCACCGCGCCGGCCCACAACGUUAAAGGUCGUGAGUUGGACGAGCGGAAAGCGCAACAAGAGUAUUUGGAAUUUGAGAAAACGCGUUACGGCACAUACGCAAUGCUGCUCCGCGCCAAGAUGUCCGCCUGCGACGAGGACUUUGCGACCUUCGAGGCGCGACUCUUUCAGGACGGGAGCCCGCAGAGGGCGCACUCGGGCCCCUCGCUGCCUCAGGAAGCGGGCGGCAAGGAGAAGACUCGCGUCAGCUCCACGCGUUUGCUCUGCGGCGGCGAAGAAAGCGAAACGAAGAACACGUCACCGCCGCACGCUUGCAAAUUGGCGCCCAGACAGGAAGGGGCGCCGUGAGGCGCGCCUGCAGCAAAGCAUCGUGAGAAAAAGGACGACACGAGUAGCGGAAGCACCCCCCCUUGUCAUGCUGUUGCCACGACAACAGACGGGGCGCCGUUGUCAUGGCGAUGGGAUAAAUCCACACCGUCACCAACGGAACGUGUACAUCAGCAUACGUGCAGAGCUUCCAGAUAUCUUUAUUGAUCAUCUUCAAACAAAUGUGAAUGUCAGCAAUAUUUAUGUCAAGCAUGAAAUGUAUUUUUCACAUUGACACUCAAAACAAAACGCUUUCCAUCUCAACGGGGAUUGGAGAAAUAUUCCGAAUGUUUUAUUUUUCACAGCCAUGUCGUCGUGAUUUUGGCGACUCGUCUGCCACUCAGUGCUUGGCCGCAGGCGGCCGCUCGUCUUCUACUAGCUGACUGCCAAAGCCGCUGUCCACCGUCGAUUCUGAUUGGGCCAAAGACAACAAACACGCUUCAUCAAUAUCGUCAGAAAUAUGAGCUCAACGAGCACGUUUAUAACUCGCAGCUGUUCUAUCUCACAUGUAAAGAAUGGAGAUGCUGCCACAAAACACAACAAACAUUGGUGAGCAAUAACAGAAGCUGAAGAA